AUGGGUUCACAGAAUUACACCAUGCAUGUUUUUGGUUUGAUUUUGUUUGCCGGAAUGGCUUCAUCCUCGGCAAUCUCACAAACGUCUAUUCCACAACUAACAGUGGACAGCUACCCGGCAUAUGAUGAACAGUCCUCGACAGAGCUCAAGCCAACGACCGUUUUGGAGACUUCAACACUAUUAGAUGAAAAUAAUGAUCAAGAUUGUAUAUGUACACCUUACCAUAAGUGCAAAAGUCAUAAACCGGACUAUGAAGGCCACGAACUUAUAAGUAUAAGGUAA